CCUGAGUCUCUGCGGCGGCUCCGGCUCCAGCUCCCGCUGAAGUGACGCCCCCUCCCCCGCCCGACUGCCGCUCCGGCCCCUCUACCCCCCGUGAUGCGCCAUGGGCACCCGAGACGACGAGUACGACUAUCUCUUUAAAGUUGUCCUCAUUGGAGACUCUGGUGUAGGAAAGAGUAAUCUUAUGUCUCGUUUCACUCGAAAUGAAUUUAAUCUGGAAAGCAAGAGUACCAUUGGUGUGGAGUUUGCAACAAGAAGUAUUCAAGUUGAUGGGAAAACAAUAAAGGCACAAAUAUGGGACACAGCUGGACAAGAACGAUAUCGAGCUAUAACAUCAGCUUAUUAUCGUGGAGCAGUAGGUGCCUUGCUGGUUUAUGAUAUUGCUAAACAUCUUACAUAUGAAAAUGUAGAAUGAUGGCUGAAAGAACUGAGAGAUCAUGCAGAUAGUAACAUUGUUAUCAUGCUUGUGGGCAACAAGAGUGAUUUACGUCAUCUCAGAGCUGUCCCUACAGAUGAAGCAAGAGCCUUUGCAGAAAAGAAUGGCUUGUCAUUUAUUGAGACAUCUGCUUUAGACUCUACAAACGUAGAAGCUGCAUUCCAGACAAUCCUGACAGAGAUAUAUCACAUUGUUUCUCAGAAGCAAAUGUCAGACAGACGUGAAAAUGACAUGUCUCCAAGCAACAAUGUGGUUCCUAUCCAUGUCCCACCAACCACUGAAAAUAAGCCAAAGGUGCAGUGUUGUCAGAACAUAUAAGGCUCUGCGCUUCUCCCCUAGAAGGCUGUGUAUAGUCCAUUCCCCAGGUCCGAGAUUUAAAUAUAUUUGUAAUUCUUGUGGUCAAAAAAAAAAAAA